GGAAGGCGGGACGCGGAUGGCCGCGGCCGCUGAUUGGCUGGCAGGCGGGGGGCGGGGCUGCGGUCCUUGCUCGGGGCGGGGGGUUCGGGCCGGAGCCCAGAGCCCGGCCCGGCCGCGGAGCCGCCGCCGCGAGUCGCGUGCGCAGCUUCUCCUCUGGCCCCACGGGGGCAGACCCAUGGGCACCCCAGCCUCUGUGGCAUGUGACCCCCUGCAGCGCCAGGCUCCUGAGGCCCGUGCCCGGAAAAGAGCUUCUGCCAACAUCUUCCAGGGCGUGGGGCUGCUGCAGCUGCGGCAGCUGUUCCGGAGCAGCGGGGACGCACGGGCCGAGGAACGCGCCCAGCUGGUCUUGGGCUAUGCGGGCGACCGGCGCACGGCCCAAGCCCUGCGCCAGCUCAGGGGCAGGCAGAGGAGGGGGCGGCUGCCCCCCCAGCUGAGCCCAGCAGCUCAGGACAGCAACCACCCAAGGCUCGAGGACAGCAGCUCCCCUGGCGCAGACCCUGGCAGCACCCCGAGGCUGGAGGGGCCCAGCAGGACAGGUCCAAGGACCAGGCAGAGGAAGAGGGGGCAAGGGCCCACAGGGUACCUGCACCAGCUCAAGCAGUGAGGGGGGCAGCUGGUGCUGGCCAGGCUCAGCCCCACACACUGGCAGAGACACAGGGCGGGUGUUCUGUCCCCCCUGGCUAGAGCUGGGCCAAGCAGCUGCAGAUUCCCCUCCCUCCCCCACAGUAGGUGAAGGGAGAGGGGAGCAGAGUGAGGGGUCCCUGGGGGGAAGCGAGCCACCCAUCACUGUGGGGAGCAGCCAGCCUAGGGCAGCUGCAGCCUGGGCUGCGAGUGGGCCUUGCAGCCACCCCCCAUCCAACACGAACCUGCCCUGAAGGCCCUUUGCUGAGGGGCUGGGGCCAGGGCCUCUGGGACCCGAGUGGUGCUGAGCCUUGUGCUGGCAGCUAGACUGGAGCCCAAAUGGGGAGGGGAGUGACCCACAAGCAGGCAGCCCUUCCCCCACCUCCAGGCCUGGCUGGAGGGGUACAUGUGGGGCAAAUGCAGUCAGCACCAGAGCUGGCUUUCUAGGGCGCCCCUCUGCCUGGGGUCCAAGUCCCAUGGGUGAGCCCCACCCUACAAGGGACAGCCCAAGGAAAACACCUGAUGCUUGUUGAAUACAGCAGGAGAGAAUGUGUAAUAAAAGCCAGAGCAGUAACCCAGCUGCGAGACCUGUA